GUGGGGGGAGUGGGGAGAGGGAAUCAUGCCGGUCCGGAGGGGUCACGUGGCGCCACAGAACACAUUUCUUGGAGCGCUAAUUCGUAAAUUCGAAGGACAAAAUAAGAAAUUCAUCAUCGCCAAUGCCUGUGUGCAAAAUUGCGCCAUCAUCUACUGCAACGACGGCUUCUGCGAGAUGACCGGUUUCUCCAGGCCGGACGUCAUGCAGAAGUCGUGCACUUGCGACUUCCUGCACGGCCGCUUCACCAGCCGCUACGCCAUCGCCCAAGUGACCGAGGCCCUGCUGGGCUCGGAGGAGCGCAAGGUGGAGAUCAUGUACCAGCGUAAGGAUGGUUCCAAGUUCCUCUGUGCAACACAUAUCAUCCCAGUGAAGAAUGAAGAAGGCGUGGUCAUGAUGUUCAUCCUCAACUUUGAUUGCAUUCUGGACGUGGGCGCUGCCGCGGAUGAGCAGCCAAAGUCCGCCUCCCCUUCCAAACCUGACCAACGGAAAAGGACAUCCUUCCAUUUCCGUUUGCCAGAUUUGCCGUUUCUUGGCAUCGGCAAGCAAUCCUUGCCUCAGGAAGACCCCGAUGGUUUGAUGGUUGAGUCUCCGUCCCACAGCGACGACUCGGUGGCAAUGUGCAAUGAACAAAUCCCAAACAUCCGUGACAGCUGGAAUCCCCCAAACCCACAUGACACCUGCACACUUAUCGCCCCAAGUUUUUGUUCCACACUUAUGUCUGGUCCUUUGGACCACUCAUCACCUAAAGGUGUUUGGGAGAGAUUAUACCCAGAUGAGACUGUUGUCAGGACGCCGGGUGAUGGACUUUUUGCGCCUCCAUCUAUCCCAGGGCUCACUCCAACCGCAUUCAGGGAGAGUGUAUGUAGCAUUCGUCGGGCCUCUUCCCUCUAUGACGUGGAUGGUUUUAGAUCCUACCCCAAGAUGGCCUUAAGAGAUCGGCACGCUAGCGAAGGGCCUCUCAUCCAGAUCAAAUCAAGUCUGCUGUGCUCCACCUCUGACUCCAACCUCAACAAGUACAGCACAAUCAACAGGAUUCCCCUCAUCACGCUAAACUUCUCGGACACCAACAUAAGGAAGACGUGCCCCUCCCCACCGUCUUCGGAGAAAACUGUGAUCGCACCCAAGGUCAAAGACCGCACGCACAAUGUCACGGAUAAAGUCACACAGGUUCUUUCGCUGGGUGCCGAUGUGCUGCCUGAGUACAAACUCCAAAGCCAGCGCAUAGACAAGUGCACCAUCCUUCACUACAGCCCCUUCAAAGCCGUGUGGGACUGGCUCAUCCUGCUGCUGGUCAUCUACACGGCCAUUUUCACACCCUACUCGGCCGCCUUCCUCCUCAACGACAUCGAGGAGCAGGGGAGACGCGAGUGCGGCUACUCCUGCUCCCCGCUCAAUGUGGUGGACUUGAUGGUGGACAUCAUGUUCAUCGUGGACAUCCUCAUCAAUUUCCGGACCACGUACGUCAACGCCAACGAGGAGGUGGUCAGCCAUCCGGGCAAGAUAGCCAUCCACUACUUUAAAGGCUGGUUUCUCAUAGACAUGGUGGCCGCCAUCCCCUUUGACCUGCUCAUCUUCGGAUCGGGAUCUGAUGAGACCACCACCCUGAUUGGUCUGCUAAAGACCGCCCGCCUCCUGCGUCUGGUGCGUGUCGCACGCAAGCUGGACCGCUACUCCGAGUACGGCGCCGCCGUGCUGAUGCUGCUAAUGUGUAUCUUUGCCCUAAUCGCUCAUUGGCUGGCCUGCAUCUGGUAUGCCAUCGGCAAUGUGGAGAAGCCUUACUUGGAUCACAAGAUUGGCUGGCUGGACAACCUGGGCUUGUCCAUAGGGAAAAAAUAUAACUACAGUGACCCGGGCUCAGGGCCGUCCAUCAAAGACAAGUAUGUAACUGCGCUGUACUUCACCUUCAGCAGUCUGACCAGCGUGGGCUUUGGCAACGUCUCCCCCAACACCAACUCCGAGAAGAUCUUUUCCAUUUGUGUCAUGCUCAUCGGAUCGCUAAUGUACGCCAGCAUCUUCGGGAAUGUGUCGGCCAUCAUCCAGAGGUUAUACUCCAGCACGGCGCGUUAUCACCUCCAGAUGCUUCGUGUCAAAGAAUUCAUCCGCUUUCACCAGAUCCCGAACCCACUUCGGCAGCGGCUCGAGGAAUAUUUUCAGCAUGCCUGGACGUACACCAAUGGGAUUGAUAUGAAUAUGGUGCUGAAGGGUUUCCCGGAAUGCCUACAGGCAGAUAUCUGCCUUCACCUCAACAAGAACCUCCUCCAGAGCUACAAGGCCUUCCACGGUGCCACGAAAGGUUGUCUCCGAGCCCUGGCUACGAGGUUCAAGACCACGCAUGCCCCACCUGGAGAUACGCUGGUCCAUAGCGGAGACAUGCUCAGCAUGCUAUAUUUCGUCACACGCGGCUCCAUUGAGAUCCUCAGAGAAGACGUUGUCGUAGCCAUCUUGGGCAAAAACGACAUCUUUGGCGAAAUGAUCCACCUGUCCGCCAAGCCGGGGAAAUCUUGUGCUGAUGUGCGGGUGCUGAGCUACUGCGACCUGCACACCAUCCAGAGGGAGGAGCUCUUGGAAGUUCUGGAUAUGUAUCCAGAAUUUGCUGAGCAUUUCAUCACUAACCUGGAGCUGACCUUCGAUCUUUGUGAUGAAAAAGCCAAGACAACCAACCCACAAGACAUCGCUUCCAACAUUGCCGAGAUAAGAACUCAAAGGAUAGUGUCAUGCACCAGGAAGUCUUCCGCUGUUCAGGGGGUGGUCGAGAUAAAGGAGUCGUCACGCUGCUUCGCAACGCCUAGUGGGGAGGAAAACGUCGAUACAAACCUCAGCUAUGUUGACGUGGAGCAGCGGCUGGACAGACUGCAACAGCACCUCAGCAGUUUCUGUGCAAUCUUGUGGAAUUUGGGUAACAGGUUGGAGUCCCAAAUGACGGCCGACGUACAAGCCAUUCUCCAUCUCCUCCAGAAGCAAACUACCGCUUUUCCGCCCGCUUACAGCACUGUCCGGUCUGGUGUGUCCGAGGCCGAGCACCAGGACACAGCCAGAGCCCUUGCCCAUCCAGACAACUCCCGGACUCAGUCCUCCUCUGCCAUCCCUUCUGACUCCUGGCCAAGAAGAGGUCGGACUGGGCGCAACCUCCCCGUUCCUGCUCCACAAAGAGACUCUUGCAGGUGUGAACAUGGUCGGCCGCAAGCAGGCACUCAAAGCGCGUGCCAGUGCCAGCAUUCCCCGAGGCCGUCUUCAGAUUGCGUGCCCUCCCUGCAGCUUAGUACCAUUGCGAAUUCGCAGACCCGUUUGUGACCUGCGGUUUUCCUUACAAGUUGCCCUCCCCAAAGUACCCAAGGCGACCAAGGUCCUUCUUCUAAGUUUGACUCAGGGUCAAAGAAGUGCAAUAUGCAAAAGAACAAAAAAUAUAAACUUCCAUUUCUUCCCAGAAUAUCCAUUGCUAAUUGCAAUUAGGGUGUACAGAACAUGGUAAAUGUAUGUUAAAUACAAUAUUGUCAAUGAAGUGAGAUGUGCGUGAUUCUUUUUUUUUAAUUUUAAGUUUGUGACGCACGUUCCUGAAUUCAUCAGUUCCCACAGCAAUCACGACUGUAGCUAGCAAAGUCCACUUUCCUUUGCUUUGUUUUCCUCACAAGGGAAAUCAUCUGAAAGAAACUCCUUUCUGGUUUUGUGGUUUUCACAGCAGCUUCGAUUAACCCACCUGGUCAGUAUAUCUUAGCGCACCAUAUUGCCACCACAAAUAAACAUUGCUAAACAGAUGUGCUCACGCCACAUAACACAGGACUACUAACCGAUCAAGAAUGUUAGCCUUCUUUGUUUAUAUGGUUACUUAUGUAAGAACCACUGCAAGUCACUAGUCAAGCUUUUCUUCUUCCAAAGAUGAUACUAAAGACAAAGGUUUGGUGAGAUUGGGCUUUCAGGUGAAAUUUCAGGGACGUAAAAUGCACUAUAACCUUUAUAGGUGAACUUACAUUUGAGACUUUUGAAUCCACAUCCAACAGUUCAGUGUUUCAUUACUUGGUCCAAUUAGCAACUUUGAGUUGGAGCUAUCAAAAUUUCCCAAAAACGUCAAUUUCUCUCCAGUCUCCAGUCAUGAAUCCAAAUGCCUUUCAUCCAAAAGCCCAAUGCCCCUCAAUAAUUGGGAGUGGUGUAGUCAGAAAGAAAACAUUCUAGAUUCACAACAUAGCUUGGCCUCCAAUAGCCUUAACUGAAAACUGGUACUUAUUUUUCUAAGCUUUUUUUUUUUUUUUUUUUUUUGGGUGGGGGGGUGGUAAUCUCUUUCAAACCUGUGGAAAAACUAUUCAUUGGAUUCAGGUGGACUUGCAAAACUCCACUGUUCAAGUUCUGGUCAAAGGGUUGCAUCAGAUCUCCUUUCUGGAAUUUGAAGUGCAGUGCAUGCCGACAUUGCAAAAGCAAACCACAGUCGAGUGCCCAAACGCAAAAACACGUCACAGACAUCUAAGUUUCUAUUGUCCUCAUCCCCUCAAGCCAAGUCUAAGUGUCCGAAAUAAUGAUGGCAUUUCUGCCAGUUGCUCUACUAAUGGAUAACUUUCUUGGUACAUUUCUGAACCACAUUUCCCAGAGUCUCUUAUAAUAAUUUACAAAUAUUUGCACAUUAAAAAAA